AGCGUGUUGGCGCAGUCUGGGUGUUCGGACACAAACAACAGCAGCUGGACAACAUGGAGGCGUUGGCGAAGUCGUUGACGAUGAUGUUGUGUUUAGGGGCCUGCUUCAUGAGUGGGGACAUUGUCAUGGCAGAAGCCUCCUUUACAGUCAACGGUAAUUCAAGCGUGACGGUUGAAGCAGGCGAAAUGGUCGAGUUCCGAUGUGACACAGAGCCGCUACAAUUCAACUCGAAAAACAUCAACAUGACAAACAACACAUACGAAGUGGCAGCCAACUGUUCUGACUUCGGAGAGUACACAUGCGGUGGUGACUCAGUCACCGUCAAAUCCAAGCUGAUGCUGUCGGAUGACCCAAAAAUAAAGAUCGGCUUGAACUUGGCGUACGGAGUUUUCGUCAUGUGCGGGUAUCCAGAGAUGACCAGGCACCAACUUGUCUAUGGGAAGCAGAACCUUACGGACGAUUCCAAAUACACGUUAGUUCACGUAAAAAAGACGGGUGAAGAUAACGUCUACAAUUUCAAGUUUAAAAUCUUCAACUUAACAGAGAGUGGCCUUGGUAAAUACACUUUUUUAAUCGACAAUGGAGCUGGGGAGACUGCCGUCGACAUCGAACUAUCAGCUGAUACAGUUGAGGAUGACUUCAUCAUCCCCGUCGCCACAGCAACCGCAGUCUUGCUUGUUGUCCUUGUCGCAGUGGCCGUCAUCUUUGUUCGACUGUACAAGAAGCUGACAGGUUUCAAAGAGAAAGAUUUCAGGAACGAUUUCACUUCCUUUACAAGAGGGGAGGAUGGUUGUCUGGCCUACGCGGGAUACGGCUAUGCGGCAUAUUACACCAUCAACGAUGCUGACGUUGUGGGGGACAGCGUCGAAGACCUCGCAUACAACAUAUAUGAUGAAUGUAAGGACACUGACCCGGAACCGGAAGAAAAGCCUUCUGACCUUGACCCUGCGGAAGACAGAAAGGAAAGGGAGCGAGCAUCCACGGCCGAUAAUCUCAAGAAGGACUACUAUCUAUCACCGACCAAGGAUGUGGGUGACCUUGACCCUGCGGAAGACAGAAAGGAAAGGGAGCGAGCAACCACGGCCGAUAAUCUCAAGAAGGACUACUAUCUGUCACCGACCAAAGAUGUGGGUGACCUUGACCCACUUGAACCGCCAGAAGGAGAUACAGAUGAGGCAGAUGUCACACCACGUGAUCAGGAAGGCUUCGAAGAUAACAGAUUGUACCAGCACACGUUCGGUUCGGAGUUGUUGAGAACCUUAGACCAUCUUACGCUGGUAGGCACAGGACUUGGCGCCACUGGAGUAGACACGAGUUAUGCAUCUCCUUAUGGGCUGGGUGUGUCUAAUGGGGUCGCUGACAUCAGGGAUGAAGAUGGCUACUUAUUACCCUGUAAACCUACAGGAACAGCAGCACAACGGCCAGAUGGCACACCACGUUACCGGGAGGAUGACAGAGAUAGUCAGAACAGGCUCGGGUCGGAUUCGUCGAAAAACACAGAACAUCCUACGCCUGAAGGCACAGAAAAGAAAACGUAUUAUUCAUCGCUUGAUGCCAGGGAUGAAGAUGGCUACUUAUUACCCUGUGAACCUACAGGAACGGCAGCACAACGGCCAGUUGGCACACCACGUUACCGGGAGGAUGACAGAGAUAGUCAGAACAGGCUCGGGUCGGAUUCGUCGAAAACCACAGAACAUCCUACGACUGAGGGCACAGAAAAGAAAACGUAUUAUUCAUCGCUUGAUGCCAGGGAUGAAGAUGGCUACUUAUUACCCUGUAAACCUACAGGAACGGCAGCACAACAGCCAGAUGGCAGACCACGUUACCGGGAGGAAGACAGAGAUAGUCAGAACAGGCUCGGAUCGGAUUCGUCGAAAACCACAGAACAUCCUACGCCUGAGGGCACAGGAAAGAAAACGUAUUAUUCAUCGCUUGAUGCCAGGAAUGAACAUGGCUAUGGAUCAAUCAACCAAUAAGCUGUGAAAAAUAAUAAUUUGACAAAAUGGUGAGACUACUUCUAUACAAGCCUAAGAAAACCACGACCCGGAUCUGCUUGAUCCGUGCAGAUGAUGACAGCAACAGCACGGGGGGGGGGGGGGGAGGUUUGCCUCCCUUCUGAGACAACCAUACCUCCGUUCAUGAUCUGGAUACAUUAUGUGCUAUAUCACGUCUGUGAAAAUUAAUCACCCGACUCCGUUUUCUGACAUAUCUGUCACAUCUGAAGACGAUUUGAUUUGAAGACAAGUGCUUCACAAACAAUUCACCAUCAUGGACGACUAUACAGCGCAUGUGUUGAGACAACGUGGUGCACUGACGAAUGUAAGUAGAGCAUUAACUCCAAGUCCACCGCAGCUUGCUUGCUUGCUGUUUAACGCCACACUCAGCAAUAUUCCAGCUAUAUGACGGCGGCCUGUACAUAGAGACCAGGCAAUCAAGUGACUGACAUUGUGAAGAACCAUCCACAAUUCCACGCAAUCAACCGACGCAGCGAGCCUGACCUCCCGAACCAUUUACGACAAGCAUAGUCGCCUUUUACGGCAGGCAUGGGUUGCUGAAGACCUAUUCUACCCCGAGGGUGAAUCUAAAUGGAUAUAAUUCGUAGUUCGUUUGGAGAGCUUUUAACAGCAUUUCGGUUAUUUCACGGCAUUUCAUCUUAAUGUCGGAGGAAGCGAUCCGGAUGAGGCGAAGAUGGAUGUGAUUUGUUUGUUUGUUUGUUUGUUUGUUUGUUUGUUUGUUUGUUUGUUGUUUAACGCCGCACUCAGCAAUAUUAAAGCUACAUGGCGGCGAAUUGUAAAUAUGUAUUCCUCUGUAAAUCGAGACCGUUUCAUUAAAUGCCUUCAAUGCUUGUAACAUUUA